GCUCUUCUUCUUCUGCUGCUGCUGCUCAACGAAUCGGGCCGUACACACGUGCGAUUGCCAUUGUACGUGAUCAGCUAUGGAUGGCUUUUGCAACACAUCAUUUUGGAACACAUCAUCCUCCUGGGACACGGAGGUGCCCAGUGUGAGCCCCUGUUUUGAGCACACGGCCCUUGUGUGGCUGCCCUGCUCGGUGGCCUGGUUGCUGGGGCUCUGCGAGGCCUGCAUUCUGGCUCACAGGGACGACCGGGCCAACUCGUACAGCGGGCUCUUUCUCACUAAGCUGGUCUUUCAAGCCUUGACGUUUAUCGUGUGCACUACAAAACUGGUGGUCUCCUCACUGCUCUACCUUCGCCGUGCAGCAGACCUGGCAGAAGUGGCUGGAGCAUCUGUGGUUCUUUGCACUCUAGUCCUAGUGACCAGCCUGACUCUGUGGGAAAGGCGCAAGGGGCUGUGGUCGUCUCUGGCCAUCCCUACAUUCUGGCUCGUAUUUGCCGUCUGCACUGCGAUUACAUUCUAUGCAGAUGUUGUGAAUUUCACUUUCGAUCUGCAGAAUGUCACUGCACUUUGUAGUUUCUUACUCUUGCUGCUGACUGUCGUGCAGCUAGUCUUAUCCAGCUUAUCCGAGAAGCCACCACCCUAUGCACCCCUUGACACACAGCCAAAUUAUUGUGUCCUCAAAGAGUGGACAAUCAUCCCCAGGAUAUUCUUUGCUCAUAUGUGGCGGAUUGUCAUGCUUGGAUAUCAUGGCAAAUUAGAUGUGUCUACACUACAUCGGCUUUGCACGGACCUGACGUGUGCUACCACAUUUAAAGCAUUCCACAGGGCAGCAUUUAUAAAGCCGCGGCCACUUAGGGCACUUGUUGAUGAGCAAGGCUCACUUGUUAGGACACCACCAACUCAAGAUCAGAAACAGCGAUCUCUGUACUGGGUGGUCUUCAGGGUGUGCUGGUUUCAGCUACUUGCAUCAACUGUCCUCGAAGUUGUUGGUGUGUUUGUCAGCUUUCUGCCACCAUAUAUGUUAAGUCUUAUUUUGACAUUUGUGCAGAGCAAAGAGUACACGUGGCAUGGCUAUGUGUAUGCCUCUGGCUAUGCUGGCUUCCUUUUCUUGAGCGGGGUGCUGGACGCCCAUGCUGUCUACUUCACAGAGUUUGCGGCUUUCAGAGCUCAGUCGUCUUUACUUGCUGCUCUCUACAGAAAGGUGUUCCGUCUGGCACCGAGUGCACGCCGCCAGUACCUGGCAGGUGACGUGAUGAACCUCAUGUCAGUCGAUGUGGAGGAGGUGAGCUCAUUCCUGACCCUGAGCACCCAGGUGUGGACAGUGCCGUUGCGCAUUGUGCUCACCCUUGUGCUGCUGUGGCACUACUUGGGAGCCUCAUGUCUGGCUACUCUGGGCGUCAUGUUCGCUGCCGUGCUGGCAACCACCUAUGUGGCCACCCUCUGCGAUCGCUUCCAGGAAAAGCAGAUGGCUCUAAAGGACAAGCGGAUGCGCCAAAUCAGCGAAAUUCUAAAUGGAAUUAAGGUGCUAAAAUUGAGUGGAUGGGAGGUACCAUUCAUGGAGCGAGUACAACAGACAAGGCUUCAAGAGGUGUCUUACCUGAGAAAGUUCUCACUGCUUGACUCUGUGUUUGGUUUCUUGUGGACCUGUGCUCCAUACUUGGCUGCCCUGGCAUCUUUUGCCACCUUCCUAGCAGUCAACCCAUCCAAGCAGCUGACACCAGAGAUUGCUUUUGUCUCGUUGGCCCUCUUUGGCCUGAUGCGAUUUCCCAUGGGGAUCCUCCCUGAUGUCAUCUCCAAGUAUAUCAGGUUUGUAGUGUCCAUGGGACGCCUGGCAAAGUUUCUCGGGGAAGCAGAGCUUGACGUGAAUGCAGUUGGGGCAAGUCCAGAACAAGGACACUCCGUCACUUUGAAGAAUGCAACCCUGUCGUGGUCAAGAGAAGAGGCUCCUGUUUUGAAAAAUGUGACUCUGCAUGUCAAAACGGGCAGUCUUGUUGCAGUGGUUGGCUCUGUUGGUUCAGGCAAGUCGUCCCUGCUGUCUGCAAUCCUGGGGACACUAGAGAAGGUGUCGGGCACUAUUGAUGUCCAGGGCCGCCUGGCAUAUGUGCCGCAACAGUCCUGGAUCCAGAAUGCCACGGUCAAGGGCAAUGUGGUCUUCAUGAAUAGACUGGAUGAAGACCGUUAUCAGGAAGUCAUAGAGAGCUGUGCUCUUCUGCCAGACCUGGACAUACUCCCUGGUGGAGAAAACACCGAGAUUGGGGAAAAGGGCAUCAACUUGAGUGGUGGCCAAAAGCUGCGUCUCAGCUUGGCCAGGGCAGUGUACCAUGAUGCGGAUGUCUACCUCCUGGAUGACCCAUUCAGCGCUGUAGAUGUGCAUGUAGCAGCCCACCUAUUUGAGCAUGUGGUGGGGCCCACUGGGAUUCUGAAGUCAAAGACAAGAAUUCUAGUGACGCACUCAAUGACUUACUUGCCUCAAGUGGACUGGAUUGUAUUGCUCAACCAUGGAGUGGUGCAAGAACAGGGCACCUAUGCUGACCUUGUAGGCUGUGAAGGGAGCAAAUUUGCAGAAUUUAUCCAGCACCACAUCAAGGCACACCCUAGUACCAGCAGCCUAGCCGCCGCCAAUGGCUCCAGGAACAGACUAGGGGAUCAACAGAAGGGUGGAGCCGAGGCAGCAGACAAGUGCACCCUCAUUGAGGAAGAGACCUUGUGCACUGGAUAUGUUGGCCGUCAUGUGUAUGGUAUGUAUUUCAAGAAAGUUGGCUGGCACUUUCUCAUCCCAGCAUCGAUAACCUGCAUUCUGGCCUUUGGAAGUGAGUAUGGCUCUGCAGUGUGGUUGAGCAAGUGGUCUCAGGAUGCUGAUGUGUCGCGAAGGCAUUUCUACGUCAUUGGCUACGCACUGUUUCUGGUGUCCUAUGUGGUCUUCAACUUUGUGUACUGGACUAUAUUUGUGGUUGGCACACUGCGGGCAGCCAUCUGGUUUCACCAGCAGCUAUUGAACGGCAUCCUGCGUUCACCACUCUCCUUUUUUGACACGACACCCAUGGGCAGAAUCAUCAACAGGUUCAGCCGUGAUGUUGAGUCAGUUGACAAAGAGAUACCGAUCAAUGCCAACAUGACCAUGUGCAAUAUUGUCUGGGGAAUGCAGCUGCUGAUACUGAUAUGCAUCAUGUCACCUUACUUCACUAUUGUGGUCGUGAUGGCUGUGCUCCUUUUUGCAAGCAUUACGAUAGUGUCGCUGCCGGCAUUUCGGCACGUCCAGCGGCUCCGGUCAGUUACACGCUCCCCCAUCCUGUCACACAUCAGCGAGAGCAUUGCUGGUGUAGUGUCUGUGCGAGCAUUUGGUGUCACCAAGCAAUUCAUCAGUGCCCUGGAACGCUGUGUGGACAUCAACAUCAACUGCUGCUACCACUCCAUUUCCUUGGAUUGCUGCAGGCUAACCAUUGCCAACACGCUGGCACUAGUGGUGUCUCUGGGAGCCUCGUUGUUGACCAUUGCUGGGAGGAACACGCUGAGCCCAGGAAUGAUUGGCCUUGUGCUGUCAUACACCCUGGAGGUGUCAAAUGCGGCAUCGUACACAUUCCGAAUGUUUGCUCUGCUUGAGACUAGCCUGGUUGCCGUGGAACGCAUCAAGGAGUAUAUUGGGCUGGCUGAAGAGGCUCCAUGGAGAAAUGCAGACACCCAGCCUGAUGCUGACUGGCCAGCCAGAGGGAACAUUGCCUACUCAAACUACAGUGCAGCCUACAGGGACAAUCUUGAGCUUGUUCUCAAGGGAAUAAACAUCAAAGUCUGGGAUGGUCAGAAGAUUGGCAUUGUCGGAAGAACUGGUGCUGGCAAGUCCACACUAGCGCUGGCCCUGUUCCGAAUCAUUGAACCCAGAACGGGCACGAUCAAUCUGGACCAUGUGGACAUUACCAAGAUUGGCCUUCACGACCUUCGUUCCAAGAUGACCAUUAUUCCUCAGGAUCCAGUGUUGUUUGCGGGCACGUUGAGGUGGAACCUGGAUCCCUGUGAAGAGUACACGGAUGAUGCUCUGUGGCAGGCACUGGAGCAGGCACACCUCAAGGACUUUGUGGCCACCCAAGAUGCUGGUCUGGAGUAUGAGGUGCUGGAGGGCGGUGAAAACCUCAGUGCUGGACAGAGACAGCUGGUGUGCCUCACCCGUGCCCUUCUGCGCAAGAGUAAAGUGCUGGUGCUGGACGAAGCGACUUCAUCUGUGGACUUGGCCACCGACCACCUCAUCAAGGACACCAUUCACAGAGAGUUCAGGAGCACUACAGUGAUCACCAUUGCUCACAGGCUUCAUACCAUAAUGGACUGCGACAGGAUCGUAGUGCUUUCUGGUGGCGAAAUAGUGGAACAGGGCUCCCCAGCUGAACUCAUUCAAAAGGAAGAUGGCUUAUUUCUUUCUAUGGCAAAAGAUGCCGGCCUUGUAUGAAGGGCCCUGCUUGUUUUGCAGCGUCCUGGAGCAUCCAAGCCCAUAGAUGGAUUGCCUUAAUACAGUGUGUGCCUCAUCUGGCUUAGCACGUACUUCAAUGAUAGAAGCAUCUACAGGCAGAUGUAUGGCAUACAUAAUAUGCAUGCAUCUUGCAAGAAGAUUUUACAUUGCAUCUCUUUUCUGUCUAACUGUGAAGCAGCUUAAGAAUAAUUUUCCUACACAAAUGUACACUUAAUUUUGUUUCAAAAUUUUAAUGCUAUAAACAUAAGAUAUGACCAUUUCGAGGUUGUAUAAAUAUAUUGGUAUGCAAAUAAAAAAUGAAAUAAUUCUUUUGUCCCUAUUUAGGGAGCAAAAAAUGUUUU